AUGCCUGUUCUCUGCGGUGGAUCCAAGACGGUCCAGCGCAAGCUGGUGCUGCUGGGCGACGGUGCCUGCGGCAAGACUUCGCUGCUCAACGUCUUCACCAGAGGUUAUUUCCCGACCGUAUACGAGCCCACAGUGUUUGAAAACUACGUUCACGACAUUUUCGUCGACAAUGUACACAUAGAGCUGUCUCUCUGGGACACGGCCGGCCAAGAAGAGUUUGAUCGCCUGCGGUCUCUGUCGUACGACGAUACCGACCUCAUCAUGCUAUGCUACUCGGUCGACAGUAAAGAUUCCCUCGAAAACGUCGAGUCCAAGUGGGUUGGGGAAAUCGCAGACAACUGUCCGGGCGUCAAGCUGGUCCUGGUCGCGCUCAAGUGCGACCUCCGCGAACAGGGCGACGAGGAAGAGGCCGGCGGCGGUGGCGAGCAACGCGAAAAAGGUCCCCUCAUCAACUACGACCACGGCCUCGAGGUGGCCCGGCGGAUAGGGGCCACGCGAUAUCUCGAGUGCUCGGCCAUGAGGAAUCGAGGCGUCAACGAAGCCUUUACCGAAGCCGCCCGCGUGGCCCUGAGCGUCAAGAAGGAGCGCGACGAGAACAAGUGCACCGUCAUGUGA